AUGGCUUCGCUCGCUGCGGUAUGUAGGGUCUCAGCGCGGGCUGCCUCGCAGCAGUUGCGCAGCCAUGGCGCCCGGAGAGGACUUCACUCCAGCCAGGCCGCGCUCGCCGCGCAGAACUUCAACAUGCCUGCACUUUCACCGACCAUGACCGAGGGCAACAUCGCGAGCUGGAAGAUCAAGGAGGGAGACUCUUUCUCCGCCGGCGACGUGCUCCUCGAGAUCGAGACGGACAAGGCGCAGAUGGACGUGGAGGCGCAGGAUGACGGCAUACUAGCAAAGAUCACUGUCCAAGACGGUUCCAAAGCAGUCCAGGUCGGCACACGGAUAGCAGUCACUGCAGAGCCUGGCGACGACCUGAGCACCCUCGAGAUACCCGCCGAAGAAAGCCCUGCACCCAAGAAGGAGGCUGAAGCGCCCAAAGAGUCCAACAAAGAGCCCGCACCCGUACCAAAGGAGGAGCGAACCUCUGCCCCGCCUGCAAAGUCCGAUGCUUCCAAGAAAGCCUCCAGUGGCAAGGCCUCCAAGCAAACAUAUCCGUUAUACCCCUCUGUACAGCAGUUGCUCACACUGAACGGGCUGCCCAAGGAGGAGGCUGACAAGAUCCCUGCGACUGGGCCUGGUGGCAGGUUACUCAAGGGAGAUGUACUUGCAUACAUUGGUCAGAUCGAGAACGCAUACCCCUCAGAGCUCGCGAGCCGCUUCACCAAGCUCUCCCACCUCGAUCUUUCCAACAUCAAGGUCAUGGCAAAGAAGGAGGCGCCUAAGAAGACUGCAGCUGAAGCGCCUGCAGUUGUUGAGGACCUCCCGAUUGAGGUGGCAUUGCCCGUCUCUCUCACCGCAGUCAUGGAGUGCCAGAAGCGCGUCAAGGACUCGAUAGGCGUCUUCCUACCGCUAUCCACUUUUGUUGCGCGUGCUGCCGAGCUUGCGAACGAAGACCUCCCGCGAUCCAAAGUCGCGAAGCCAUCUGCCGACGAGCUGUUCAACGCAGUCCUUGGCCUAGACAAGGUAGCCGGAAAGUACUCGCAUGGAAACUUCGUCCCACAAGUGACUGCGCUGCCUCCAACUGCUAUUCCUAGCAAGCGUGCCUCAGCACCAAAGUCCGACAUCCUUGACAUGCUGGCUGGCAAGAAGGCUUCCACCAGAAAAUCCGUGACCGGCGCAGCAGGCGUUGCUGGACCCCUCAAUGUGUUCAGCGUAAGCGUGCCCAAAGGCGACGAGAAGCGCGGCCGCGUCUUCCUUGAGCGCGUCAAGACCGUCCUCGAGGUUGAGCCAGGACGAUUGGUCGUAUAG